AUGCCACGGAUCUGGUACUUGUGGGCUGCCCUUUGGGCCGUUCUAGCUGUAGCUACAGCUCAACGCAUCCCAGGUGACUCCCACGGCAUGGAUGCCCAUUGCAGCUCUCCUUCCACUCUCCUCCCCUGGGUGGCCCAGGUCCUUUUUGCGCUGCUGCUGCGGCUGCUGCGGCAGCAUACCUGGAACUCGGGGCUGUACCCCACGUGGCAAGAGGGCGACCCCAGGCAGCGGACCUGCUGGCGAGGUGGCGAUGUGAGCUUCGACAUCAGCAAUGAUGCCCCAACAAUAACAGGAGCCAAAGCCACAUUCAGCAUUGCCCUGCGCUUCCCCAGCAACCAGACGGUGCUGCCAGAUGGACGCGUGGUGUGGAGCCAGAACUGCUCCAUAAACGGAACACGCGUGAUGCAGGGAGAGCCUGUUUUCCCUGACCAGGAGGCCAAAGGCUCGGACUCCUUCUUUCCCGAUGGGCAGCCCUUCCCCUCAAAUGGCCGUGGAAGGCGUGGCAAGUUUGUCUACGUCUGGCAGACAUGGGGACGUUACUGGCAGGUAGUAGAUGGUCCCUCAUCUCAGCUGACUGUUGAAACCAGUGAUAUCCCUCUGGGUUCCUACACCAUGAAUGUGGAGGUCUACCACUAUCGGGGACGUGAGAAAUUCAUCCCAAUCGGUGGCACCUCAUCUCAAUUCAGCAUCACUGAUCAGAUCCCGUUCAAUGUGGACAUAGCACAGGUCGAAGGGGCCAAUGGCCGCUUUGUACGAAACCGGGCCAUUUCCUUUGGUGUGCGCCUCCACGACCCCAGUCAAUACCUGCGUGAUGCUGACAUCUCCUAUUCCUGGGAUUUUGGGGACCAGAGUGGGACACUGAUAUCUCGAUCCGCCAUGGUUACCCACACCUACCUUGCUGCUGGGACCUUCAGCCCUCGUGUGGUGCUCCAGGCUGCCAUCCCAUUGGCCUCUUGUGGAAGCAGCACGACGGAUGCGCCAGUCGUCGUAGCCACAACAACGGCAAGUGGCACCCCUGGGCCAGCGACCAGUGCUUUUCCCACUGUGGUCAGCUCCGAGGGCAUCCAGACCACUGCCCCAGCUGCCGCAACUUCGGCAUUCGUAACAGAACGGCCACCAGGGACGGGCUCUGUUCCCGCUGCAGUAGCAUCUGUCACCGUGAUCAGCACCAUGCCUGAAGGGGCAGAUUUAGCUGUUGCAUCUGUGGAGCCUGGAACUGCUGCCUCUGCUGCUCCGGCUGAAGAAGCCGCAGGCACCGCGGACCCUGCAUCUGGGACUGCUGCCACGCCUGCACCUCUUCCAGGCACCGUGGCAUUGGCGUCCACGUCCAGCGUGGUGUCGGCAUCCCUACCUGGCACUGCAGGGGCUGCUUCUCCAUCCGUGGUGGCACCCGAGGAUGACCCCAACACUCUGGCAGCCACAGUUUUGUCCUCUGGGGCACCUGCAACAGGACCCCCUGGAGCAAGCACAGCCCUCUCCAGCGUGGCCAACACAGCAGCAUCUCCAGCAGCAGCAGAUGUUGCUGAAGAUCCAUCAACCAUCGGCCUGGCCGGAUCCGUCACACCGGACACUGAAACAACUUCAACUGAUGCUGCCCAGAUCUUGGUAAAGCGCCAGGCACCAGCUGGCUGCCUCCUCUACCGCUACGGGACCUUCGCCACUGAUCUGGACAUUGUCCAGGGCAUCGAGAGCGUAGAAAUUGUGCAAGUGGUACCACUGGUGUCGGCCGUUGCAGCAAACACAGUAGAUCUCACAGUGACCUGCCAAGGAAGCCUCCCAGAAGAAGUCUGUACCACCAUUUCGGACCCCGAGUGCUUGAUGGCCCAGGAAACGGUGUGCAGCCCUGUGCAGCCUAGCCCGGACUGCCUGCUGGUUUUGCGCCAAGCCUUCAACCAGUCCGGCCUCUACUGUGUCAACAUCUCCCUCGCUGAUGCCAAUAGCCUUGCCGUUGCCAGCACCCAAGUCAGUGUCCAAGCAGGAAGAACUUCAGCUUCAGCCCAAGUUUCACUAGUGGUGGGCCUAGUCCUAGUUGCUGCUGCCUUGGGUGCGGUUGUCUAUACCUACAGGCAUGUAAAAUACACCCCUCUACGUGCAGUGAUGUCCUCUGGUACCUCUCCCAGGAGAUGGCUGCCUGACCGCACCAGUGUACGCCUCUUCCUACGCCAGGCUUUUGGGCAAGGGGCCAGUGGGGAAAGCAGCCCACUCCUGAGUGGCCACGUGAUCUGA